UCUACUUUUAUCCUUUGCACGGGCAACACGCAUACUGCAAAUUUCCAUGCAAAAAUAUUUUAUCGCGCAACAAGUGCUAAUUUAAUUUGCAUAUCAUCAUGGUUGGAACAAUGGACUACGAAAUCCCCGUGCUGGACUUAUCCUUCGUCUCCGGCAAGUACGAUGACCUCCCGGACAAUGUUUUUGAAAAAUUGGCACAGGAAUUUGGAACAGCGAUGAAUGGCGUGGGAUUCGCGUACGUUACAAAUCAUGGCGUUGAUAUGAAAAAGAUUGACCAUAUCCACAAAUUAUCUCACGAAUUUUAUUCCCUGCCGACAGCGACGAAACAGAAGUACCGCAAGACCGACCCGCCAGAAUGCUUUCAUGGCUAUGCAGGACCUGGAGAUGAAUUGCUGAACUAUCAAGAAAAAAAUUCCACCGAACUUCGCGAGUUCUUUGACGUUUGGGGCUUCCAACAAUACGACGCCAAAGAGUACCCCAGCGAAAUACCGGAAUACAAGGCAGCCUUUGACGCUGUUCGACCCGAAUGCAACAACCUGGGGAAAAAGUUGCUUCGAGCGAUGGGAAAAUAUCUCAAGUUGAAGGAUGAGCAAUUUUUUGUGAAAACGCACUCCUUCAUGGAUGACCCCACGAUUCGAACGCAGGCACAAUUUCGAACCCUGCACUAUUAUCAAAUGGACCCCUCGGAUCCGAACAUUCCGACGAAUGCGAUUCGGUGUGGGGAGCAUGCUGACUGGGGGACCAUCACGCUGCUGUUUCAGGACAUGGUGGGAGGGCUCGAGGUCAAAAGGUUGGAUGGAUCCUGGAUUGAAGCUGUUCCCAUUAAGGACUCCAUUUUAAUCAAUGUCGGACAAUUGUUGGAGCUUUGGUCGGCUGGGAUAUUUCAGGCUACAGUUCACCGAGUUCGGAUUCUGGACGAAGAACGCGUCAGGAAAUUGGCCAGGCAGAGCUUCAUAUAUUUCAUCAAUCCCGACGGUGACCAGGUUGUCCAGCCAAUCGUUCCGUGUCCUCCGGGGGAUGAGAAGUUUCUCAAAGUCACGCCCAAGGUGGCCUAUGACCACUACAAACAUCUAAUUGCGGAUGCAACUAAACAUUAUUAAACUUCAUAUUUCUUGCUACAUGUUGGCCUGAUGACAAACACUUAUCAAUUAAAAAAUAAUUAUCACAGCAUCCUAAAAUGUUCGAUUAUCCUUAUCUUUCUAUGUGUUGCUAAGAACGGUACAUUUCAUGCAAAUUAAUAAAAAUGUGUACAUUUCAUGCAUAA